GAGGCCGCGAUAUAUACGUACAUACGUCCCCAACCAUGCAUCGUCUUGCGCCGAUUGCUUGAUCGAUUCUACCUACAUACGUUCUAUCGAUCGGUCCUGCUCGAUCCAGACGUCACACGCCUCGCUGCCGCCGCCGCGUGCUCGCCGGUACAUGCACGGAUCAAAGACGACGGUGCCGAUCCCUACCGCGACUUGCGGUCCGGUGAACCCAGCCGUGAAUUGCUGGACGAGUCGAGGGAGCAACCGCGCCGCCGCCGCCGCCGCCGCCCAGGGAGUUUUUCUUCUACGACCCGGAGAGGGGGGGUAUGCGCGGUCCGUUCACUUUUGAGGAAAUAGCGCAGUACGCCAGCACCCGUGGUCGCCGGCGACCUGGAACCCGCUCGCAGGCAUCCUCUUCCGCUGCAUCCCCCUCCGAUCAUCCUGGAGCUGAAGGGGCUGUAACUGGAACUCGUGUUCGGCAGAGUGUUCUCUAUUCAAACCGCCCAAGGAGGCCGCGACGUAGACGAGAACCAGCACCGACCGAGGAGCGUCCCAGUGAGGUGAGCAGCGGUGAGCUUGGCAGGGCAGUUACAGAUUUGCCAACAUUUGAGGCGCUGUCAUUGGGUGACCCCCCGCUUUUGACCCUUCAAACAACUGAAGAGACCGAUGAUGAUGAUGAUGCAUCUUCUCACCUUCGCAAGCCUGGAGAUCUCUAUACAAUCAGCCAGAAAGGUCUUACAAGAUCUAUGCUGUUGUCGCUCGGUGACUCACUUUUGACCACUGUAUCAGUGGAGGAGCUAUGUAGGACAGAUUCAGAUGUGGACUCGGAGGAACUGCGGCGUGAGAUUAAGGAAUAUUUAGAUACGCAACCUAGCGACCUCCAGGAAGCUUUCGAUAGAGUUAGAGCUGUUGAGUAUGCCAUUCUUACUGCCCUAGCUGCUGAACGGGGUACAGAGCCACCAUGGGACCCCUUCCUUGGUGAUCAGGAAAUACUAUCACUUCAGGCACCACAACAGGCUUCUGCCGCAGCUGCUCAGGCACCUAGGAAACCAAGGUGUGAAGACGGAAAGGAUUGGAUGAGGGACGAGGUGAUGUUGUGUUUUGAGAAACACAUUGAGAAAAAUGCGUAUCUCAAGCCGCUUGAGUACAAGCUUGAUGAACUUUGUCACCAAUGCUUCAAUGCGGAGAGCUAUAAUAAUGUUUUCCACCAUUAUAACUUUACAAUUAUGAUGAAGAUGCCUAAUUCAGUCGAUUGGACCGUGGAGUUGUACUUUGCCGAAGUGAAGGAGAUGUUUAGGAGAAAAUUCUAUUUCUGCUGUCCUUUGGAGCCCAAUGAAAAUGGGGUUGUUCUCACCAGGUCAUUGUUAUGCAUGCAAGAACAAAGGAGUGGAGGGUUUGAAGCACCCUACCAUGGGUGGAUUUGUGGGCUCGCCUAAUGCUCAUGAAUCUAAUUUCUGGUAUUCGGAUGAAGAUGAUGAUGAUGAUGAAGCUAGAAAUUAUUUAAUAGAUGAUGAUGAUGAAGCUGGAAAUUAUUUAAUCAGACUUUUUGAGGUAUAGGGUUAGGUUUGAUGGAUUCGACUUGCUAUAUGUACUGUCACAGAAACACAGACACCGUGGUAUCUAAUCAAGGUGCUGGGCAUGCGAUAAUAUGCAACUAUGUAAAAAUAGAGCACCAAGCAUGCAUGCCAUGCCUGAAGAAACAAGCUACUCUCUCUAGUCACUCCUACGUCAAGUACAAGUGAUUGGAGGGAGUAGAAAACAUAUCGAUGGAUGGACCGACACAACACAGUACAGCUACAAGUAUAAUAACAGUGUAUGUGCAGGAUUAAUUCAGGAACAUAAAAAAAAGAAUGUUAGUGUUUCCUCACCCUCCACCGGACUACUCUGUCCUACAAAAAUUGCUACUAACCAACCAACUCUUCUGACCGCUGGUUUGUCUCCAUUAGUUUAUGCAUGGUCAGCACAUCCAAUGCAAAGAGAAUUCGAAGUACACAACAUACAUCAUUUGUAGGGAAAAAAAUUAUCAGUAUAUUAUUUGUGACUUAAGUAUUUGUGGCGACUGGAAAAAUCACCACAAACAUUGCUUUGUGGCGAAAAAGUGUCUAUUUGUGAUGAAGAUUUUUGCCUUAACGCUUGUAGUGAAGCCAAACCAA